CCCACGCUCAAUCUUCCAAUUCUGAAACACUAUUCUCCCACGUUACCGAGUUAUUUUCGUGAAGAAAUCUUAACAAAGCCAAAUAUGAGUUACCUAAGCCGUGUAUGGAUGGCCGCGACGGUGGGCGUAGCUCAGGGCCACACGGACCCCGGCCACAAGUGCAAGACCGGCCUCAAGUCCAUUCAACAAAACCGCAGAAAGUUGUUCUCCGCCGGAGAUUCGUCGGAUCUUAGACCUUUGUCUGGCAUGAUGGGAUCGGAUGUUCCCAGACCCAUGGAGAACAGUGAUGUCGAUCCCCGACAAAGGCAAGCCGACGAUUCUCUUCGGAAAGUUAUGUACUUAAACUGUUGGGGUCAGGGCUGACCCGUGGCGCGAAGGUCGCCGGAGAUGAUAUAUGUUGAUAGAGAUCUGAUCCGGAUCGUGCUGAUGGGUACCGAUCGGGUCAAAUAGAGGGGUUGACCGACUUUGGUCUGGAUGAAUGGUUGCUGGAUUUAAACUCUAAAGUUGAACUGUAAUAGUUUGGCCCCAAAAAAGUCGGACUGUGUAAUAGUUGGGGGAAGCUUGAUCUUGUAGGUUGUAAAGCUUGAUCUUGUAAAUUGUGAUUCCUCCGACUAGAGACUGACCUUUUGUGGAUAAGUUACUUGUAAUCUUAUGCACGCCCUUCUCCCUUUUCA